AUGACGAGCUUCCGCAAGCAAAGGAGGACUGCAAGUGGGAUUCCUUCCUCCGAGGAGGACAUCACCACGUACAAAGCGGGAUACUUAAGCGUAUACGCCUAUACAUUCACGCUGGGUCCUGUAAUUCCGGCUCCGGGUCUUGCGGACGCUGUUGCUAUGCGGCCGGCUGUGGCUCGAAGGUCCAAGGCCGAUACGACGGCUUUAUCUCCGAAAAUGGCCCAAUUCCUUUGGGAUCUGGAGGAAGAAGAAGAUGACAACUGCCUGCUCAUAUCUCGUAAAAGAGGAAAUCGCGGUGCCUCGAAGUCCGUCGAGCCGGAACCUCGUCUAGAAGGCCAUUUGGAGGGCGAGGCCGAACGGCCCGAUCCCGAGCCUCUUCAAAUAAAAGAGAAUGCCCCUAGUGGAUCACUUGGGGUAAUCAAUGUGGAUGGCUCACCGCCUGGCCCCGAGUUCUCCGAGGGGAAAAUUCGAGAUGCUCAUAAUAUGAGGUCUUCUGAAGUGGAAGCGAGCCACGAAAGACAUGCCAUCUUUCGAGAUUGCCUGGCAGGGCUCGAAGAUGGCCUUGACCCAGAUGCUCCCUUCAUUUUUGAUGAGGCUCGUCGACUCUUCAAACAAGCUGUGGUACUCCAUAAAAAGGCAUUUUCCAAGUCUCGAACUAAUCUUGCUCGAUGUGAGGCUGAGCUUAAGAAGAUUUCAAAGGAGAGGGACGAUCUUAAGACCUUCUAUGUCAAGAAAGAGAUGGAGAUCAGUGAUCUACGAAUUGAAUUGAUGCAGGCUUGCCAAGGACGAGUCAAGUAUGUUGAGAAGUUUUAUCAGGAGGCCGACUUGGUGGCGCAACUUCGGGAGGAGCUUAAGAUGAAAGAGGCCAAGACCUUGGGGUGCAGGCAAGGUAUGGACAAUCUAGCUUCUGAGAAGGAAACUCUUCGAGAGCAGCUGGAUUCACUCGAACGUCAAUUUCAGAGUGUGAAAGAGGAGAUCCUAGCUCGUUACCGCAAAAUCGGGGAGCUUAAAGCUAAAUCUGCUGGCGAGUUGGCCAAGGCCAUAUCUGACACUGAGGCAAUUAUGUCUUCGUACCGAGGUGAUGCUGAAGUAGCCAAUGCUCAGGCCAAGGAGAUUUCUUCUGCAGCAGAAGUUAAGUUAUCGAGUGCACUUGAUCAUGCUAGACAACAAUCCCGGAGGGUAACCCUCGAGGAGGUACGUGCUUGCGGCUUCGAUCUCUCAGCCGAUAUCGAAAGGGAGAAGAUUUUAGAAGAAGAGGUUGCCACUCUGCUUUCCAAUGAAGGUGAUUCUUCCAGUGGCUCCGAGAGUGGAGGAGACAAAGUUGAAGUCUCCGAGGAUGAGGCUCUCGAAGAUGCGACUACCGAAGAUGUGACUUCGAAGUAG